UGCAUCAAGGGUUUAGUCCCUUUAAGUGUGUUUUUGACAAAUACAUUGGUCAACAUGUACUCGAAGUUUGGUCUUAUUGAUUACGCUCGGUACCUGUUCGAUCAUUUGUCUGUUAGGAAUACUGCUUCUUGGAACACUAUCAUGUCUGGCCUUGUCCGUGUUGGUUUAUAUGGAGACGUGAUGUUUUUGUUCUGUGAAAUGCGGAGUUUUGGUGUUUGUCCUUCCGGGUUUCUGGUUUCAAGCUUGAUAACUGCUUGUGAUAGGUCGGGUUGUAUGUUUAUUGAAGGAAUUCAAGUUCAUGGUUUUGUUGUUAAAAUUAGUUUGUUAUGUGAUGUGUUUGUGGGAACUUGUUUGUUGCAUUUUUAUGGAGCUUACAAAAGAGUUUUUGAUGCGCAAACGCUCUUUGAGGAGAUGCCAGAGAGGAAUGUAGUUUCUUGGACUUCAUUGAUGUUUGGAUAUUUAGAUAAUGGAGAUUUGGAGAACGUUAUACAUUUAUAUCAGAAAAUGAGGGAAGAAGAGAUUAGUUGUAAUGAGAACACGUUUGCUACUGUGCUAACUGCUUGUUCGUUGCUUGAAGAUGAAUCAUUGGGUCUUCAAGUUUUUGGUCAUGUUGUAAAGUCUGGUUUUGAAAAUAAAGUUUCUGUUGCUAACUCUCUCAUAUCUAUGUUUGGUAGUUUAGGGAGUCUAAAAGGGGCCUGCUAUGUUUUUAGUCGCAUGGAUGAACGUGACACAAUCUCAUGGAACUCAAUAAUUUCUGCACAUGUUCAGAAUGAACUUUGUGAAGCGUCACUGAGAUUUUUCCAUCUGAUGCGUCAUGUUCAUGAGAAAAUAAAUUCUACUACUCUUGCAACUUUGCUUUCUGUCUGCAGUUCAGUAGAUCAUAUGAAAUGGGGCAGAGGAAUUCAUGGUCUAGUUGUUAGGUUGGGAUUGGAUUCAAAUGUUUGUAUAUGCAAUUCACUUUUAGGUAUGUAUUCUGAGUCUGGAAGGUUGGAUGAUGCAGAAUUUGUCUUUAAAGAAAUGCCAGAGAGGGAUAUAAUUUCUUGGAAUUCCAUGAUUACCGGUAAUGUUAGAGAUGGAAAUAGCCUAGAUGCCUUAAUAUUAUUGAUCAAAAUGCUUCAAAUAAAAAAGGCAACUAAUUAUGUGACUUUUACGAGUGCAUUGGCGGCUUGUUCAAAUGCUGAGUUUAUUGAUAAGGGAAAGAUUGUGCAUGCCCUUGUAAUUCUUACAGGUCUGCAUGAGAACUUGGUUGUGGGAAAUGCAUCAGUUACAAUGUAUGCAAAGUCUGGUAUGACGGUUGAAGCAAAAAAGGUGUUCCGAAUGAUGCCCAAGCGAAAUGAAGUAACUUGGAAUGCACUCAUUGGUGGCCAUGCAGAGAAUGAAGAAACGGAUGAAGCAGUAAAAGCUUUUCAGUUAAUGAAAGCAGAAGGUAUAAAAACGGACUACAUUACAGUGUCAAAUAUUCUGGGUGCUUGCUUGGCCCCUGAUGAUUUACUGAAACUCGGGAUGCCCAUCCAUGCACAUGUUGUUUCAACAGGAUUUGAAUCGAAUAAAUAUUCUAUAACAAAGUCUGAGAAUAAUUCUCGGGCAGACUCAGACGAAAGAUCAGAGAAAAACACAUGUUUCUCUUCUCUCAGCCAGGAGACAAGCAAUGCAGAGGCUAGAUCAACUGUAGUUUCUCAAGCACUAGCACAAAAGACCAUUGCUAAAGAUUUAGCAAAUAUUGGAAGCAUAUCUCAAAAAAUUGGUACAAGAAAAAUUGAUCACACCCUACAAACAGAAGAUUGA